AUGGUGGGGGAGCUAAACUACUUCCUAGAGCUUCAAGUGAAACAUCAGAAAGAAGGGAUAUUUAUAUCUCAAGAGAAAUAUGCCAAAAAUUUUGUUAAGAGAUUCGGCUUAGACUCCAAGAAACAUACUUCCACUCCUAUGAGUUCCUCGGUAAAACUAAGCCUUGAUGUAGCCAAUGUAGAAGUAGAUCCGACACUCUAUCGAAGCAUGAUCAACAGUCUUCUCUACCUUACUGUGAGUAGACCAGACAUUGCUUUUAGUAUAGAAGUAUGUGCACGAUUUCAGGCAGCACCCAAAGAGUCCCACUUGACAGCAGUCAAACGAAUUAUCCGCUACAUCAAUGGCACAUCUAACUAUGAAAUCUGGUAUUCAAGAGACUCAAAUGAGUGCUUAGCUAGUUAUUUGGAUGCUAACUGGUCUGGGUGCAUUGAUGAUAGGAAGAACACCUUAGGUGGUUGUUUUUACCUUGGAAAUAACUUGGUGUCGUGGAUGAGCAAAAAACAAAAUUCAGUUUCUCUAUCAACAGCGGAAGCUGAAUACAUUGCAGCGGGGAGUUGUUGUGCAUAG